AUGUAAUUCUCUUGCAUGUUCUGUGAACAUAAAGGGAAUCUGCCAGAAUUACUAAAUAUGGCUCUUUCCUCCAAGUAUCAAACCGAUUUCUGGUAAAUCUAAUUGAGGAGUCCAUCCACUAUAAAAUUCUAAGAUCAAGUCUGCUUUGAAGAAUCGGAAGAGUAUCAUGCAUACCCUCAUCUAUAAGAUAAUCGAAAAUAACUUACUGAAUAUUAUCGAUAUCAUAGAGACAUCCCACGUAUUUUCAUUAAGGGCAUUACAUCUCAACUAGAAAGUUAUCACGAAAAACAAAGAGAAAUCAAAUAUAAGAAAAUAAAGAAAUAAUUAGGAAUGUAAGUCAAAGAUACAACAAGAGAUGAUAUGAUCUAUCCGUUUAAGGCUCUAAAAGGUCUCAGUGAACUCUAAACUUCAAGGCAGUUACAAUAGCUGUUGAAAUAAAUCAAACCGCUUCGUUACGAUAAAAGCGGAAUUGCAAAUUUGAUUUAAAAGUAAAAGUAGUAGAUGCUACAAUCAUAAAACUUAAAGAAAUUAUUAAAAAUAGAUAAUACUAAUACUGCUACAACUUUGGCGACCAAGAGAACUUAUCAUACUUCUCAUACAUUAUAGGAUGUAAAGAAGAAAACUCAUAAAAAAUAACUUACCUUAUGCACUGAGUAUUCUCCUGAAGAAAGGAAUGAUUUUUAUAAGAGAUGGUCUGAUGUUUUAAGUCAUAGAUAAUUAUAAUAUCAUAAAAAAAAAAUAAAAUGCACUCUUCUUAACAAAAAGAAAUCACUUAAAUGA